CCGAGCCAGGAUUCACCAAAAGAAUGUUGUAUUAUUUCACCGCAAGAGAAAUUGAGAAAGCAUGCCCAACACCAGUAGACGUGAUGUGGAGAAUCGGAAACGAGGUAUUCUGUUCCCUUCUGUGCGGGAUUACCUCACUGAUGUUGGUUUACACGUACGUGUAUGCGCCGUCGAUUGGAAUCCGCGCCAAGAAGAGAUGGAUAGCCAUUGUUACCAUGUUCCAAGCAUGGAGAACUCGCCGUUCCCUCUGCCGUUUCUGCGGAACUUCUCCAUGUCAGGCCAAGCGAACAUCCUGGAAGCGCUUCAGACCCCGUAUCAAGAAUGUGGCCAGUUUCGAGGAGCGAUCCAAUGCCAUGAGGUUGUUCAGCCUCGGACUGGAGCUGUCCGUCGACCUGACAAAAGAACUUCCUCGGGAUGAGCUGUACUGGGCUAGGAAAUACUGCGAUCAGUUCGAGGAGGACCACAUGGUUCUAUUCCCGCUGUGCAUCCAGCGUCAAAUCAAUGACUGGUACCCAGUGCCUUACUAGAUUCUUGCAGUCUUUGGCGAUGAGAAGAAUGUCGAUGAUGGAACAGAAGUGGUGGUGGUGACGUCAUCGAUUUAUGUGAUACCGCCCUUUUGGUCGCAACCGCGUUUUUUGUCUUUUUGUUUUUGUUUUUGUUUUCAUUUCUGAUUAAUGAGAAAUAGUUGAUGCCUUUCUGGACCUAGUGAUAUUUAUGUUGCUUUAGUAACAGUUUCACCUUGUAAAAUUGGUACUUUGCAGAGAGGAACAUUGUACGCAGAUGGGAAGCCGAUUAAAACUAUUCUAUAUUGGGCAGCUACGUUUAUAUACAUGUAUAUAUAUAUAUGUUGUAACAUUUGUUUGGAACCCAUUCACAGGUAGUACAAUAAUAAAAUGUCUUAACCUAACUUUUGCCGUCUCCUCCUGUGUCCCUGUUGUUGUGUGUUUGG